AUGUCCAGCUACGCCGUGGACGGGAACUGUGAUGGGCGAUGGAGCUCUCGGUCCUGCACCCACACCAAUCAUGAGCUCAGUCCCUGGUGGUCAGUGGACUUGGGUGAAGAAUAUGACAUCUCCGUCGUGGUGGUGAAAAUCCGGCAGGACUGCUGUGGAGAGAGAACCCAGGGAGCCACGAUCCAUGUGGGAGACCACACGGGUGACUUUAGCAAAACCAGCUCCACAUGUGGGACCAUCACAGACCUCCGAGAGGGAUCCCUCUCCACUGUGCUGUGCAACGGAGCCCGGGGCCGCUACAUAACCAUCGCCAUCGCGGGCCACGUAACAAACCUGGCUCUAGGCGAAGUGGAAGUCCACGGCACCAGCAGCAAACCAUACCAGUGCUAA